AUGAUGAAUGUAUUAAAUAGAAAAUGGUGUGGUAAUGCCACCAAAAAUCUUUUAUUGUUAAAUACAACAACUACCAAAAUAAUAUCAAUUAGAAAUUUUUCAACUGAAAACAAUAAUAUUAAUAAUGGCAAUAAUAAUGAAACUAGCAAUAAUAAUAAUAGUAGUACACAAACAUUACAUUGGGAACCAAAUAUUACAAAUACCAAAAGAAUGUUAUUAAGAGAUAAAAUGAAUAUUUCACCAGAAAUUACUAAAAAAAUACAACCUCAAGAACCAAAAAAACAUUAUUAUCAACAAGAAAAAUAUAAUAGAAAUAAUCAUCGUCAUCACCGUAAUCGUGAAGACUCUGGCUCUUUAAUCGAGUUUUUUAGAGAUUCAGACAAGUUAAAUUUAAAUAAUCCAAAUUCAUUUGUUGAACAUUUAAAUAGUGGAUUGGUUAAAAAACAAGAAGUGAUUAAAUAUUACAAUGAAAAUCAAUAUAAAAGUUUUUUUUAUUACCCAAAUGUAUUUAAUUCAUUUUUAGAAUACUUUUCUAAAAAUAGUUAUCUUCAUUUUAAGAAAUUAUUAUCAAGAUUUGAUUUUAGAAAAAAAAUCGAUAGAUAUAUUUAUAAUAAUAAUAGUAAUAACAAUACAGAUACAGUAAAUAAUAAUAAUGGUAAUAAUGAUAACAAUGAUAACAAUAAUAACAAUAAUAUUAGUAAUAAUGAUAUCCCAGAUAUAACACCAAAUGCCUCAACUCCCGACUCUACUAUCAUCUCUUCUUUUCCACCAACCACAACAUCUACCAUAACAACAAAUGACAAUGUCCAUUCUAUAGUGAUGACAAAAACAUAUUUAAUGCCAACACACGAAACCUUAAGAAUUAUAAUCGAAAAUUACGAAAAAAGAAAUGAUAUUCCAAUGGUCGAAUAUUGGGUAAAGGUUUACAAUAGAAUUGGUAGAUCUUAUGAUUUUCAAAAAUCUCAUACAGAAUUAUUAUUAAGAAGUGUAAUUAGAGCCAACAUAAAAUGUAAUGCAACCGAAGAAGCAAUUAAAAACUUUGAAAUUUUAAUAUGGAACUCCAAAAACAACACCAAUGAUAUUUUAAUUGAAAUGUUAGAAUACCUAAAUCAAAAGAAACUUUAUAAUUCAGGCAAAGAUUUGAUUUUAAAGUUUUAUGAAAAUAUAGGGAAACAGUAUUUGCAAUCACAAAAAAUUCAUGCAGGUUUUAUAAUAAAUUUAUACAAUAAUAGUCUAGAUAAUAGUAGUAGUCCAGAAAAUAAUAAUAUAGAUAAUAAUAAUAUAGAUAAUAAUAAUAUAGAUAAUAAUAUAAAUAAUAUAGAUAAUACAGAAAAUAUAGAUACUUUAGAUAAUAAUUAUAACUAUAAAAAAAAAGGAUAUUAUGAAAGAAUAAAAGAUGGUAGUAACAAUCAUGAAUUCCUAAAUUUCUUAAUUACAAUCGAAGAUAUUUUAAUUAAAAAAACAAAAGAUAGAGUUUUGGAUCCAGAACAAAAAUCAGUAGUUAAACUAUUUUAUAGAGAAUUGUUUAAAGAGUUAUUAGAAAACAAUCAAAAAAAAAUAGCAGAUACUAUAUAUAAAUUCUUCAAUUCAAAAUAUAUGCCAACUAAAGAAAUAUAUCAAUCAUUUUUAAUAUAUCAUUUACAAAAUGAAGAAGUCGGCAAGAUUCCACAACUAAUCAAAUUAUUAAAGGAAAUAGAUACCAUACCAGAUUUACCAGUAUUGUUUUCAACCAUAGAUUUACUUAGUAGACAUAAAGAAGCGCUCAAAUUACAAGAAAUCUACGAUAUAUUAAAGCAAGAACACAAGAAAUCACUUGUCUCCAAUAUUUCAAAAAUGAUAGUAUUUUCUGAAAUGAAUGACUACAAUCAAGUACUGGACUCUCUCAAAGGUUUUUUAAAAACAACACGAUAUACACCAGAAAUUACCAACUCUGUUAUAUAUAUGUUUUUAACAUUAAACCGUUAUGACUUGGCACUAAAAUGGUAUGGUGAACGUAUUGUUAACUAUCAAGUCCUACCUAAUAAUAUUACAAUUUUACACUUUAUUAGAUAUCACGAAAAAAAUCAAAUCAACAAUAAAGAAAUUAACCAACUAUGGGAAUCACGUUUGGCUUUAUAUACUAGUGUAAACUAUAAUCUAUUAAAAGAGCAUGGAGAGCGAUUUAAAAGAAAGAAAGAACAAAGAGGUAAUGAUUUAGAUAAUAAAGAUUACAACAACAGCAAUGGUAUAGACGAUGAGAAUAGUACAGAUACAAAUACAAAUACAAAUACAGAUACAAAUACAAAUACAGAUACAAAUACAAUUAAAAGCAAUAACAGAGAUAAAUAUUUUGAAGAAGAAUACGAUUUUGAUUAUAAUAAAGUUUUAUCAGGUUCACUAUCAACAUUAGACAAGUAUACUCUUAUGGGUAAAAUAAAGAUGGAAAUGGUCAAAUCAAAUACUCUUCCCAGAGAACCUCACGACUUCACAUUAGAACGUUAUUUAACUGCUCAAAAUCUCAGUGGUAUAGCAUACGAAUUAAAGCAACAAUUCAAGAGUGGUAAAAUUAAAAAUGGUUUAACUUUCCUUAAAGCAGUCAUUUUCCUCCAACAACAAAGCCACACUAAAUAUUUUGAAUUGAACCAGCUCCAUCCCAAUUCACUUUUCGAAGCAAUACUUUUCAACGAUAUCUUUUAUGCUGGUUUAAUUAGUUCUGAUUUAGAAUAUGGUAUUACAAUGCUAUCAGGUAUAGAGUCUAUUAUAUGGAGAAAGAGCUCACCCAUUUGGAAUGCAACCAUUGUUGGUCUUUUAAAGUAUGGCAGAUUUGAAUUGGCUCUAUCCUCAAUCAAUGCUGCUACAAAAUUACACAAACGUUUAUCAAGUAGUGAAAUUCAAGAUUUAAUUGAAAACCCUGGAUCAUUUAAAGAAAUUACACCAGAAACUUUAAAAAUAAUUAGAUACAAUUUCCAAUAUCGUAAUGACUAUAUUCAUCCAAAAAAACUAGAACAUGUCAAAGUGGAAAAAAAAAAUAAAAAAGCUCAAAAAAGCCAAGGAGAAAAGAGAAUAAAUGAAGAUGAUAAUAAUAAUAAUAAUAAUAAUAAUGAUAAUAAUGAUAAUGAUAAUGAUAAAACAAUAAUAGAUGGUGCUGAAGAUAAAAAAGAAGAAAAUAUCAAAAAGCUCACAGUAAAAGUUUUUAAAUCAGAAAAAAAGAAUUCACCCAAAGUUAUAAAAACCGAUUUGUCAUUGUUUAAAGACACAACCCCAAAUAUUUAA